AGUCUAUGAUUUAGGUAAUUUAAUGGACAAAUAAAAGCACAAGAGUUAUAAGUGUCAGAGUUUGUAGUUUUAAGUCUCAUUUUCAUUUCUUGAUCUUAGAUCUCUCUGACACUAGUCCAAAGAUCCUGUGUCAAAAAAUCCAAAACCCUUCUCUUAUCAUUGUUUCUCUUGCAUAACUAAAAUCUUAGACCAACUCUGCCAUCUCGAGUCCAUAUGUGCUUUUCCAGCUAAGUGUGUUCCUGUAAUAUGACACACCUUGAGUUUUAAAUCCACAUGCAUGAUUCAAACUAAUGUUCAAGGUACAAAGAACCGAAACACGCUUGCGUAUUCUCUGAACUAUUGCAUGAAAGCUACUGGUUUCUCAUCCCAAGGUAUAUAUACAGAUUCAGUAAAAUGAGAUCAUGUGAAGAAUAGGCAAGAACAACAAAAACAACCGAUUGAUAAUAAUAUUUGGUUAGCGAAAAACUCUGUCAUGACUAUAUCAUGCUGGAAACCAAGUGUAGAGGGUGAUGAUGGAGAUGUGAAAGGGAAAGUGGAUGGAUUGCUAUGGUAUAAGGAUUUGGGGAACCAUCUUUAUGGUGAGUUUUCAAUGGCUGUAAUUCAAGCUAAUAGUUCAUUGGAGGAUCAUAGCCAGCUUGAAUCUGGACCGUUGAGUUCGGAUUAUUUGGGUCCUCAAGGAACUUUUGUAGGAGUUUAUGAUGGUCAUGGUGGACCUGCAGCAUCCAAGUUUGUCAAUGAAAAUCUAUUCUCCAAUUUCAAGACAGGUUUUGCAGCUGAAGAACAAGGCGUUUCGGAAAAGGUUAUAAAGAGGGCAUUUUCUGCAACAGAAGAUGAUUUUUUGUCUCUUGUGAAGAAGCAGUGGCUAACGAAACCAGAGAUGGCGUCUUCCGGUACAUGUUGUUUGGCCGGGAUAAUUUCCAAUGGCAUGCUGUAUGUUGCAAAUGCAGGAGAUUCGAGAGCCGUGUUAGGAAGAGUGAAGAAGGGAACGAAAGAAACGUUAGCUGUUCAGUUAUCUGCAGAACAUAAUGUGAACAUCGAAACGGAGAGACACGAUGUUAGAUCGAAGCACCCUUAUGAUCCACAGAUUGUGGUUAUGAAACACUCGGUUUGGCGCGUGAAAGGCAUCAUACAGGUUUCAAGAUCCAUAGGCGAUGCGUAUCUGAAGAAAGCAGAAUUUAACCGGGAGCCACUGGCACAAAAGUUUAGACUACCCGAAACCUUUUUCAAGCCGAUUCUAAGUAGCGAACCGUCAAUAUCGAUUCACAAAAUCCAACCUGCAGAUCAAUUUCUCAUCUUUGCUUCAGAUGGUUUAUGGGAGCAUCUUAGCAACCAAGCAGCUGUCAAUAUAGUUAGCAAUAAUCCACGCAAUGGAAUCGCAAGGAGACUCGUGAAAGCAGCGCUUAAAGAAGCAGCUAAGAAAAGAGAGAUAAGAUUGUCAGAUCUCCAGAAGAUUGAACAAGGAGUGAGGAGACAUUUCCAUGACGAUAUUACAGUAAUCGUUGUAUAUCUAAAUCGUAAACUGAUCGAUAAUAGCUCACUAUGUAGUUCUCCUCUUUCAAUCAAAGGUGGUAGGCAUGUCAACUUUUAGUGCAAUGAAUGAAAGAACUCUAAGCAUUGUUGUAUAGAGAAGAUAGGUAGAUAACUUGACAUCACAUCACACUCUCCUAAAGUAGUUUAUGGUUAUGGUGUGGUUGAAUUGAAACUUGAGGAUUGUUAUGGAAACAAUUUCUCUUUAAAACUCCAUCAGAUUGUCUCGCAAACCCCGUCAUCACACAUUUCGGUUUAUAGUUGAAAUUAAGAGAAUUGUAACUAAGCAAAUUAUGAAUGCACAGGAUUUUCGGUUUGUAUGUUUCUAUGUUUGAGUUAUUCAAGGUGAUUUCAGAUGAA